AAUAUAGACAGAAUAGCAGUUUGCGCACUAAAUUCUACGUGUUUACAUACAAAUUGUGAGUAAUUUCAUAUUUUACGAGUGUUAUUUCGCUUAGAAAAGCUUAAAUUAUGAGUCAACCCGUCACGGAUAGUGCCUCUACACCGACGCACGUAGAGAAGAAAAGCCAUCGGAUUCAAGUUAGACUACCACCUCCAGACUUUAGUCAAACGGAGCUUCACAAUGGAGAAAGACACUGCACUAAAGAGACGACCCAAUCAGGCCUUUGUGAAUCACAACAGGUAGGCAUCUUGAGAGGUUUGUCCGCAUACACGAAAUCAUAUCGGGACAGUGACGACAUUGUGAAACAUCUCGCCGUUGUUUAUCUGUUUACUAUUCUGAAGUCACCGCCGAACUGGAUACCGGAAACGUUUAGCGAAAUAGUGGAGCAAGAAGCUACGGUGGCAAACACCAAGCUCGAGACAAGGCUACCGAUUCUUCGCAACGAAAAAACCUAUAAUAUCCAUCUCUCGAACAUCUCUCUCGUAAAGGGACGGUUCGAUACACCGCAGAAACGUUCGACACACUCACAUCUCAACAUUCACCAAGCUUUGAAGCGUAUUAAACGUGGAAAGGCUGCUAUAUGGAUGUGUGACUCGUACUAUUUUCUCAUCCGUCGUCUUCUAACGGGAUGGUACUUCUACACGAUGAACCUGCAGGACAAACCGGCACUAAUGUUCUUCAGCUGCCCACAGCUGAUGGUGCAGCUCUUGCAAGAGUCUUACGGAUGUGACGAGCGUUCGAAGUACUUCCUUUCGAGCAUCGUACUACACUCGGUUGAGCAAGGUGACAUGAUCAGGAUCGUGUGGAAGAUGAAGCGUAGCAUCGGUAUGAAACUAAUCUCACCGAUGGAUGCCAUCCUACAUGGGAACAUUUGUCUGGCACGUCCCAGCCUAGAACGUUCGGUUGAAAUCGGUCUGAAUGUUUUGGAAUGGGCAGGAAAUGAUCACAAGAAACCACGUUCCUGGGAUAAUAAGCUGCUAAAUGAAUGUUUCAAACCAAUUGAACACCACUUCAAAGUAGCGCAGGGAAUGGCUGCCUUUAUGCGUGAUAAAAACGACCGUUCACACUAUACCGUUGGAGGUUAUGAACUGACGUGCCGUACAUCUCCGGUAGGACAUCGUCAGCGGAAACAUUUCGAAGAACUCGUCAACUACUUUCUCGCUUCCUGUACCGCUCUGCUAGUGGUUGGACUGGACUGUUGUUUUCUGUUCUGGUCGAGAGAUGAUUUUAUCUACUGGUUUAGUCCCUACCGGUAUAGCGCUUUACAGGAGAAACCUGAAAUUCUUCAAAGUCGAGCCAGUUUCUUGCACAUGACGAAUGCACUGGCGAAAGCAUCACAAUCGCUGUUCGAGUAUCUGUUCGAGCUUGGCAUUUUCCCUGAUCAUACGAUCGAGCUGUUUCCGGUGCGUGUCGAUGAUAAAACUCCACACGCUCCCAUACCCGACGAGGAUGAGGAUUCGCUCGAUCAGGAAGGUCUUACCAUACCGCCUGCAAGUGAUAGAGGCUGGACAAACUUCUACACACCGGCACUUCACACACCGUCCGAGUUGCGGUUAGCAAGACAGAUGCUGGACAUGGUGUAUCGGACUGCCGAAGAUCGGUGUGACUGAGCAGCAAGCGACCGUUGAAUGAUCCACUCUGGGGAGAAGUAUCCGAUUACACACGUUAAACGGAAUGACCAUAAGAUCAUGAUAGUAAUGGUGUAACAUGAGCACGUGCUCGUGCAAAACGGAAUCUUGUACGGUUGAUGCAUUCGAUAAUCUUUAUUAAAUAUAUGUAUGUAUGUAGUUGUACAUUAUGUGAAGCAACAGAAA